GCGUGACAGCCCGUGCUUUGCGACGAGACAAUAAUUUAUGUACAUUUUAGUAAACAAUUACAAUGGCGUUGCAUGUCCGUUUCAAGCUCACACAAAAGCUUAAACGAAAUGAGUAAUUGAGCAAAAUAAGACGGACUGCUCUAAUUCCAAAUCAUACCAGAAUUUCGUAAUUAAACCAAAAUCUCUACAACGGUUUGUGUGAGAUGAGGAGUUCGAAAUUGAACAUCGUAGAAUUCAACACGCGGAAGAGGAAACUUGGCCAGUUUACAGUUAUCAUCACAUGAUAAGCUCUCCCACUCACUCGCGGAUGUGAUCUUAUUUUAGCAUUCAAGAUAGUUAUGGAAGGGAAUUCCCUUUAUGUUGGACACACCUCAGUCUUGAAAAGAAAUCGCUGCUAUAAAGAGCAUGGCAAAACAUCGAUCGAGAGUUUUUAAAUCAGUUGAACUGACAACACAAAGAAGAUCACUAGAUCAAGUGUAUAAGGAUUCUUGGACCCACCACGCUGCCGAUAUGAAUCCGACAGCGCUUAUUACGAUUCUACACUUACUGGCCUCUGUCCUCGUAUCAGUUUUGUCCUCUCCAAUACCAUAUUCAUGCAGUAGAAAAAUCCAUCCAAAGAAAGCUCUGAAGCGUAUAAAAGAGAAAAACUAUAUUAUUAUGGAAAACGCUUUAGUGGGUGUUGAAUCGACACGCGAAGAAGUGCUGCGAAUGAAACCAUUUACAAGGAAGCGACGUGACGUCAGACAACCACGUGAAGCGUCCGAGCUACAGGGAGCAUCGCCAUGUCAGUGGAAAUGGGGAUUCACCAGAAAAAGGCCAAAUGAGAUUCCCUCAACCCUCACACGGGCCAUUUGUCCGGGCUGUUUACACUACUGUAAAGCUAUAAGGUACUCAAUGAGAGUCUUAGCUAGAGAUGGAUGUGAUCCAAAGAGUGGACUGACAAUCUGGAGAUGGAAACUACGAGAAAUAACCAUUGCCUAUGUUUACACAGGAAAUAGUUAAUCCGAUCAAAAUCCAACUUCUCCGAACAAUAUCAAAACACUGCCACGCAUGUAAGUAUUAAGAGUGGAAAAAACCAUCAACAAAAAAGGCUAAUGCCAGUUGAAGUGUCUCGCAAUUCUCAGAACUAGAUCUUAAGAAACGUUUGACGGGAAGUAGUAAUGAUAAUUAAUUACUUAUAUUGCGCCUUUUAACAUGCAAUGAUCAAAGGCGCAUUACAUCAUAUAUUCCGAAAAUUAUAUAAUAAGUAAUGAGAAUUUAUAUUUCGAGUCAGGAGAACUGAAAGUGGAAAUCCUAGUUUCCACGAAAUAAUCUAUGAACAAACUUGCAAUAUAACAAAUGAACAAACUUGUAAUAUCACGACAAAUUUCAUUAAGGAAACAAACUGAGUAAUUAUUCGAAAAUGAUAUUCAAAUUGCACGGCAGCUUGUUAAGUUGUAAAUAUUUCACGUUGAGUAGUGCUAGAUAUGAAAAGUAUUGCUCAGUGAACUGUUAGAUGUGCAGGUUAUUGCCGAGUGAGAGUUGUCAACCAGGAUUAUGUAGUCACAAUGUGACGCAAAGUAAAGUAGGAAUUCUUCCUUUUUUUUUUUUAAAUACACGAUGUUAGUUAAAAAGACAGCUACAGUUUUAGUUGGCCACUUGUUUGAAGUUAUUCAUAUUUGUAAAGAUUUAAAUCUAUUUGAAAAGUUUUUUAAAAACACUAUUUAUUACGAACCUAUUUAUUCAGGCAGAAAACGAUGUAAUUAAAUUAUACUAUAUUGAUGAAGGGAAUUUUAUAUUUUUAUAAAGUUCGGGCAAGUAAUGAUACAUUUUGUACAAAGUAUAUUUUACACAGAAGCUUGAAUGAAAAGUUAAUCA